AUGGCGGCGAGUCAGGGAGGCGGUGGGAACAGUGGGGGCGGCGGCUGCGGUGGAGGUGGAAGUGGCGGUGGCGGUGGCGCGGCUGGAGGAGGAGGAGGUGGUGGUGGAGGAGGAGGAGGUGGCGGGGCCGGGGCGGGAGGAGGUGGUGGCUGUGGCGGGACCGUGGCGGUGCCCAUCCCGGUACCGACUCUUUUCGGUCAGCCGUUCCCCAAUGGGCCGCAGUGGCACCCGGGGAGCUUGCAGCCUCAGCACACGGUGAGGAGCCUGGACCGGGCCCUGGAGGAGGCGGGGAACUCUGGCAUCCUGAGCCUCAGUGGCAGGAAACUCAGAGACUUCCCAGGCAGCGGCUACGACCUGACGGACACCACCCAAGCAGAUCUUUCCAGAAAUCGCUUUACAGAAAUUCCUUCAGAUGUAUGGUUAUUUGCACCUCUUGAAAUUUUAAACCUAUAUCAUAAUUGUAUCAAAACAAUUCCUGAAGCCAUUAAGAAUUUGCAGAUGUUAACAUACCUUAACAUUAGUCGAAAUCUUUUAUCAACAUUGCCAAAAUACUUAUUUGACCUUCCACUUAAAGUUUUGGUUGUCAGCAAUAAUAAGCUGGUAUCCAUCCCAGAAGAAAUUGGAAAGUUAAAAGAUUUGAUGGAGCUGGAUAUUAGCUGCAAUGAAAUUCAGGUCCUUCCCCAACAAAUGGGAAAAUUACAUUCACUUAAAGAGCUAAAUAUAAGAAGAAAUAAUCUCCAUGUUUUGCCAGAUGAAUUAGGAGAUCUUCCCUUAGUGAAGUUGGAUUUCUCCUGUAAUAAAGUGACUGAAAUUCCUGUUUGCUAUAGGAAGCUACACCAUUUACAAGUAAUAAUUUUGGAUAACAAUCCAUUGCAAGUACCGCCAGCACAGAUAUGCUUAAAGGGUAAAGUACAUAUAUUUAAGUACUUGAAUAUACAAGCAUGUUGUAGAAUGGAUAAGAAACCAGAUUCCCUGGAUCUUCCAUCACUGAGUAAAAGAAUGCCUUCUCAGCCCCUCACAGACAGUAUGGAAGAUUUUUAUCCAAAUAAAAAUCAUGGCCCUGACUCUGGAAUUGGAAGUGAUAAUGGAGAGAAGCGAUUGUCUACAACGGAACCAUCAGAUGAUGAUACAAUCAGUCUUCACUCUCAAGUCUCAGAAUCGAACAGAGAGCAAACGUCAAGAAAUGACAGUCAUCUAAUAGGAAGCAAGCCUGAUUCACAGAAAGACCAGGAAGCAUAUGAUUUUAUUGAUCCCAACACAGAAGAUGUAGCAGUUCCUGAACAAGGAGAUACACAUAUUGGAUCAUUUGUCUCUUUCCUAAAGGGGAAAGAAAAGUGCUCUGAAAAAUCUCAGAAAAUUGAAGAACUGGGAAAUGAAAAAAAACUUGACAAAGAACAGUUACUUCAGGAGGAAGACGAUGAUGAUUUGAAAGAAGUAACUGAUUUGAGGAAGAUAGCUGCUCAGUUAUUGAAGCAAGAACAGAAGAACAGAUGGAGGACUUUAAGUUAUAGAACAUCAUUCAGUGACAAACUCUUCCAGAGGACCAGAGCAGCAGGCCGGAAAUCAAGGAUUCUUAAUCAUUCAACUUCUGUCAUGAGAAAUAAGCUGAAACAAACUGUGGAAUGUGAAAAGAGUGUCUCAGCAGAUGAAGGGAAUUCACCAUUAUCACCCCUUGCAUGGCAGCCAUUAGAAAAUCAGAAGGACCAAAUAGUUGAACAACAGUGGCCAGAAUCUCAGCCUAUAAUCUGGCAAAACGAAGAAAGGAGACGGAGUAAGCAGAUCAGAAAAGAAUAUUUCAAGUACAAAUCAGCAAGGAAGAAUUCAAGUGGCAAUGAAAAUGAGGAGGAAUACGACAGGACUGAUGGCUUUUCACAUGGUCCCUUUGGCUUGAAGCCUAGAUCAGCCUUUAGUCGUGCAUCUCGGCAAGAAUAUGGGGCAGCAGAUCCAGGGUUUACAAUGAGAAGAAAGAUGGAGCAUUUACGGGAAGAGCGUGAACAGAUACGGCAGCUUCGCAAUAACCUUGAGUCCAGAUUAAAAGUAAUUCUGCCUGAUGACAUAGGAGCUGCACUGAUGGAUGGGGUUGUUCUUUGCCACUUGGCCAAUCACAUAAGGCCACGCUCUGUAGCUAGUAUUCAUGUACCAUCACCAGCAGUGCCCAAGCUGAGCAUGGCGAAAUGUCGAAGAAAUGUAGAAAAUUUUCUUGAUGCUUGCAAAAAGUUGGGUGUUUCCCAGGAGAGACUCUGCUUGCCUCACCAUAUUUUGGAAGAACGAGGGCUUGUGAAAGUUGGUGUUACGGUUCAGGCACUCCUUGAAUUGCCUACUACCAAGGCAUCUCAGCUUUUUAUGGCUUGAUGUGACAAUUAAAAAAAAAACAUAUGUGUAUAAUUUCAUGUAUUUGAAAUGAUUUCAGAUAUCUCAAAAUCAUGAAGAAUGUCCAGUAAAAAAAAUAGUUUGCCUUAGUUUUUUUUUUU